AUGCAGUGCUGCUGCUAUCGAUUGGCAGUAGUUCGAGGUAGUAUUAUCAUCAUUUGUGAUUUUAUUUACGUGAUAGAAACACCAUCCAUGGCUGAUGAAGAUUCUAUCAUUACGUACGACAAAGAUGAUACUCUGAAAAAUGCUGAAGAUGAUGCAACAGUUAUGUCGGUUGAAGAUAAUAUUGGUUGUGUUUAUGGUAAAUUGGUUUUGCUUGGUUAUAAUGGGACGCUUGAAAGCAGUAGUACUUAUGCUCAAGGCCGUAAGCAUCGCUCAAAAAUGAUACUGCGUAAACGACUGACGGGUAACGGUAUUAAAAAGGAUCAAAGCAGUUCAGUUAGCAUACCGCCAUCACAAACUCAGGUAGUGCGCGAUGCUUCACGACAUGUUGUAUCAUAUUCUUAUAACCGCAAUCAUACAGUUCUUGUAGAAUAUAGCCCUGAUCCUUAUAAGGAUAUGUUUCAGAUUGGUCGCUCUUCUGAAGAACAAAUAGAUUUUACUGUUGUGGAUACAUGGCUUGUUGCAAAUGCUCUUCAUCCAGGUGUUCAUAGUGAACAAGGAUCCGAGAAUGGUGUGACUGAUGCGUAUGGACUUGAAAGAGAUCGAAGUUAUAACAUCCAGCGACCAAUAUCGUCAACUAUCAGUCGUUACGCUUGUCGGAUACAAAUUAACCGUGACUAUCCUCACCGAGCUUUUUUGUAUGCGGCUGGGUUUGACAGUUCCAGGAACAUUUUCCUCGGAGAAAAGGCAACGAAGUGGACGAAAUGUGAUGGCGAAAUUGAUGGUCUUACAACGAACGGUAUUCUUAUUUUGCAUCCAAAUAUUAUGCAAAAACAGAAUUUUGGUCAAAAUAUAGAAGAGGGAAUGUUUGUAUGGCGUGAAGUUUCUGUCGAUGGUGACAUCUACAAUAUAAGGGAAACGCGAUCUUCGACGAAAAGAGGAGAGUUGUUGGCGGGUGAAUCCAAUGAAUUACAGGAUGGGACUUUGAUUGAUCUCUGUGGUGCUACACUUUUAUGGAGGACAGCUGAGGGCUUAUCGAAAAGUCCGUGUAGAAGUGAGCUUGAAUCAAGACUGAAUGAAAUCAAUGCUGGAAAGCCACAAUGUCCAGUAAAUCUUAAUACUCUCAUUAUUCCAAGGAAAAAGUCAGCGAAAACUCAUGGCUCUUCCAGGCAACCAUACGUCUAUCUUAAUUGUGGCCAUGUACAAGGAAAACACGCAUGGGGCAAAAACGACAAAAGUGACAGCGGGACUUUGUACAAAUGUCCCAUAUGUUUGGUAGAUUCAUCUAAAAUAAUUCAGUUAGUUAUGGGAAUGGAAUCAGCAUUUCAUCUUGAUUCAGAUGCAUUGGACUAUGCUUUCAAUCCCUGUGGACAUGUUGCUUCACUAUCCACUGUAAGGUAUUGGUCUCGCAUUCCAUUACCACAUGGCACAAGCAAUUUUCAUCCGGUAUGUCCAUUUUGUACAUCACUGUUGUCAAUGGAUAAACCAUAUGUUAGGCUUAUUUUCCAGGACCACUGCUCUGAUUCAUAA